GGGAUAAGGGGAAUAUGUGCAAAGAACAGUAAUACUCACUUAGGAUGAGGGAAAGCCAUCCAGGGGGAAGGAAUCCUAGGAUUAGAAGGAAAAUUUACAUUCAUAAAAUUUCCCCAAUUUUGAUCUCUUUAUUUCUUGUUUACUUGAUUUUACAGUGGAAAGAAGGUGAUUCAAACAAAAUGGCAAGCAGCAGAAUUCUGAUAAUUGGAGGAACUGGGUACAUUGGUCGCCAUGUGGCAAAAGCCAGCAUUGCUCUUGGCCAUCCCACUUACCUUCUGGUCAGAGAAUCCACAGCUUCAAAUCCUCUUAAAGCUGAGCUUCUGGAAUCCUUCAAGGCCUCAGGUGCUCACAUAGUUCAUGGAUCUUUGGAUGAUCAUACAAGUCUUGUGGAGGCAAUCAAGAAGGUGGAUGUGGUUAUCUCCACAGUGGGAGGGCCACAACUGAUGGAUCAGUUAAACAUUAUCAAGGCAAUCAAAGAAGUUGGAACCAUUAAGAGAUUUUUACCAUCUGAGUUUGGAAAUGAUGUUGACAAAAUCCAUGCAGUGGAACCUGCUAAGACCAUGUUUGGUAACAAGGCCAAAAUCCGCAGGACCAUUGAGGCAGAAGGCAUUCCCUACACAUAUGUCUCCAGCAAUUUAUUUGCAGGCUAUUUUGUGCCAAAUUUGGGGCAACCAGGCCUUUCUGCUCCUCCAAGGGAUAAAAUUAUUAUUCUAGGGGAUGGCAAUGCCAAAUUUGUGUUUGUGAAAGAGGAGGAUAUUGGCACUUUUACCAUCAAGGCAGUGGAUGACCCAAGAACUCUGAAUAAGACACUGUAUUUGAGGCUUCCUGCCAAUACCUUUUCUUUCAAUGAGCUGGUAGCUUUCUGGGAGAAGAAGAUAGGAAAGGCUUUGGAGAAGGUCUAUGUUCCAGAGGAAGUUGUCCUUAAAAAAAUUGAAGAGACACCAUUCCCAGCAAAUAUUGGCAUUGCUAUUGGUCACUCCACUUUUGUGAAAGGAGACCAAACCAAUUUCGAAAUUGAACUUGAUGGUGUGGAGGGCAGUCAACUUUACCCAGAUGUGAAAUACACCACUGCAGAAGAGCUUCUUAACCAAUAUGUAUGAACUUGAAGUUAACAAUAUCUUAAUAUAAAGGGAGAUAUAAAUUUGAUGGUGAUAAUAUAAGAGGUUUAAAACUUCUAAGCCUAGCACCAUCCUAAGUAUUUGAUAAUACUAAUGUACCAUUAAGGACAAAUCUUUGUUAUAGCUUAGAACCUUUUUUUAAUAAGGGUUUUUUCUUAAUUAGAAGAGAGAUUCUAGAAGAAUGAUUAAAUUAAGUUAUUGGAGAGAUUUUUUUAUUAAUGUAUGUGAAUGUUUCUUAAGUAGAAUGUGUUAUAUAAGACAGAUCCUUGUUAUGGUAUAUAA